AUGUCACUCUCUCCAUUUGUGUUCAACUUCGUCAUUGAUGAACUAACGAGCCGGACACUGGACGGUCUUCCAAACCCCCGGUGUUCAAAUUGUUGCUGCGAAGCACGAACCCUGCUGAAUAAACUGACCACCGUCAUACCAUCUUUUGGCAUACACCUCUCACCUUCAAAGUGCAAAGUCAUGCUUCAGAACGUGUCAUCUGUGAACAUAUCCCUUAUAAUUCAAGGAGAAUCACUGGAGAUUGUGGAAAACUUUACAUACAUCGGUAAUUAUAUUAGCUCUGACGGAAGUGUGUCUGAUGAAGUACGUGCAGGAAUUUCAAAGGCUCGAAUCACGUUUUCUAUUUUGCGUCACUUUUGGCGUCAAAAUGGUAUCUCAUUAGAUCUUCCGGGUCACUCUCUGACUGAUUAUUUCGUGUUGCAUCUUUCGAGCUACUAAACUGAAUGGCGACCUUGAUACAAGAUGGGAGUCAUGAUACCCGCAGACCCGAGCUAGUCUUCAAGAUCGAUGGCUUCGGAUGCGAUGUCAAUGACGCCCUUUUUCUGCCGGGAAAGGAAUGUAUUGUCACCGGAACCGAAGAUCGGUAGGUUCUUCUUACUAAUUAAUUCUGUUUGAGAUCACUACGAGUUUGGAUGCGAAGAGACACUGGAAGAUUUUGGCCCUCAGCGAUGGAAGUUCUGCCUAGUACGUGCAUCCUUAUUAUCAUCAUAUCAAUUCUCGUAGGUCCUGUCACUUGUUUGACAUAUUGCUCCGAAGCACGACAAAUCUAUGCGGGUCUAGAUAACGGCACGGUAGUUGAGUUCAUUUUGGCAGAGGAUCUCAAUCAUCUCCAGCACAAACGGGACUACCUUUCUCACACCGCUCGUGUUAAUGCGAUCAUUUCUGCUCUUGAUAUGAAAUGGAUCAUAUCCACUUCCAAGGAUCGUACAGUUGCAUGGUACUCCAGCGAAACAGGAAAGCACUUGAGCGGUUACCAAUUGGAGGCCGCUGGCACAUGUUUGGAGUAUGACGCUGGUUCCCAUUACGUGUUUGCUGGUGACGCCAGUGGUCGAAUUACAUUAUUGAGUUUGACCCACUCUGGUGGACAUACAGAAUGUCGCUCUGUUCGGGAGCUGCGUGUCCACGAACAGGGUGUGACUUCGCUGUCUUGGGAUAGUCUAAAUUCGAGACUAUUUUCCAGCAGUAAUAACCGUUCGGUCAUUCUGUGGGAUAUUGGUGGUGCUAAAGGCACCGCCAUCGACCUUCAGGGGCAUUCAAAAGACGCCACUUGUGUCAGUUGGUGGCCCACUGGGAACUCGCAGGCUGCAGCCCAACACAGAGGACUGGCCGUCUCUGGUGGUCUAGAUGGUCUCGUGAUCUUUUGGCUGAUGGAUCCUUCCCGAGUUGAAGCCCCGUCUUGGUCUGAAAGUGAUGUUUGCCAAAUCUGUGGAACACCUUUCUUUUGGAACGUGAAAAAGAUGUGGGAUGUUAUGUCUGUCGGUGUACGACAGCAUCACUGUCGUCGAUGUGGGAAAGCGGUGUGUGACAAGUGUUCUCCGAGUCGUUCCUCUCUGCCCGCAAUGGGCUUCGAGCGCGAUGUUCGAAUGUGCAAUGUCUGCUCACCCUCAAUCACGGACGCAGAUCGUCGAAGUCUGGCGAUUUUGUUCGAUGCGAGACAUCCAAUCUUACGUUUACGUAUAGAGGAGAGUCUGAACUUGCUAUUGACCGUAGGCCGAGACCGGGUCCUGAAGGUCUGGGACAUAAAACCAUUUGCUUGAAAAAAGUUUUGUUCGUACCCUUGUCUCUGGAUUCACGAGUGAAUCAUCUUGGUGAUGCAGAACAUGAUCUGAUUCUCGCCCUAAUCGGUCACCGUAGCCAUUUGGUUUAUUCAGCCAUAACAGAUUCCAUGUGACUUCUCAAUGCGCGACCGGUCAUUGCGAUUUGAUUAUGUAAAUACAUGUGUGUUUUGUAUACCCCGGGUUGACUUUAGGCUUUGCCUUUCCGCGUUUUCAUUGUCCAAUGCUCUCCUGGGACCUGUUUUUGUCAUUUCUAUCUCUUUUUCCCUUCUGUUAUUGUCAGUUGACCAAAUGGCUCUGAAUUAACUCUUCU